AUGGCGUACCCGACGCUCACGACCGGGACGGCGAUCGCGACGAUCGAUUGUACGACGCUGCUUUUCUUCGUCGUCGCGCUGACGUUCGCGUUCAGAGGUAAGGAUGGAGGGUGGAUGCGCGCGAGGGAUUUCGUCGAGGCGGUGAAGACGCCGAGCGUGCACUGGCUCAGCGCGAAGAACUCUCUGCCGUGGCGGCAGGUUGGUCUGUCGUACUUCGCGGGUGGUAUGGGUGCCUGGGUGUACUACGGCACCACGGAGGUCGGGGCGAAGCCGCGAUUGUCGUGGUGGGGUAUCUUUGGGUACUCCGUGGCGUCCGCGUCUCCGGCGCUCGUCAUGAUCUUCAUCGCGCCCACGAUUAAGGCUUUCGUCGGUGAUAAGAAUGGAUUCUCCGUGACGGACUUCGCGCUCUCGCGAUACGGUCGAUCGAUGCAGCUCGUCUCGGCGUUCAUCAGCGUGAUGUACAUGUUCAUCUCGCUCUGCGCCGAACUCACGACCAUCGCCAACGUCUCCGCCCUCUUCUCCGAUGAUUAUGGUGCGACGGACGAAAAGGCACGCACGACUGUGCUCGUCACAGUGUGCGUGAUCACGCUCACGUACACCAUGCUCGCCGGUUUGCCCGCGUCCGUGAUCACGGACCGUUUGCAAGGAGUCAUGAUUACCGGCUUCAUGCUGCUCUUCACCGUUAUCCUCCUCGCCGAUAACAGGGUCACCAAGGCACAGUACGAGCGCGCAUCCAAGUCCACGGACGAAGGAUUCGUCGUGAUGAUCACCCUCAUCAUCGCCGUUCUCUCCGCAGAGCUUUUCAACGCCGGUCAAUGGCAGCGCGUCUACGCCGCCAAGUCGACGGCGGAUCUUCGAAAAGGCCUCGCCCUUGGCGCCGGUCUGAUUUUCUUCGUCAUGUGGUUCUUCGGUGUUCUCGGCGUGGUUUCGCUCGCGAAAUAUUACGACGACUACGAAGUGUCAUAUACCAAGUACGCGUACCUGGGUUUCUUCUACCUCGCCGAAAGCCUCAACAAGGGUUGGCACGUUCUCAUCUUGAUCUUUGCCACGUCGCUCUGCGUGAGCUCGGUGGAUUCUAUCCAAAACGGUUUGACUUCGGUCUUGUACCGUGAUGUCUUGAACUUUGGCGUUCCUGUCAACGUGAUUCGAGUAGUCUGCGCUGCGUUGAAUGUUGGCGCCAUCUUCGUCGCUAUUGACAAGAUUGACGUUUUGUCUCUCUUCUUGAUGGUCGACUUGGUGUGCGCCCUUGGCGCUCCCGCGCUAUACCUCGGUCUCAUGCGCGAGGACGUGAACUCCUUCAUCGUCGCACCGACGGAGCUGGGCGCCAUUAUGGGUGUCGUAUCUAGUGCCAUUGCUGUCAUCGUCCAAGGCGCCGUUCUCGAUAUGGACGGCGCUUGGACUGAUUGCUACGGUGGCGUACACUCCACGAAGGCGCUCGCUGUCGCCGCAAACGAAUGGUGCACGCCCGCUGCGGCACCGGUGCACCGCGCUUGGGGUCCGUUCGGAAACUUUUGGCUUCCGGACGGCACCACCGUCGAAGGCGGUGGAUUGCAAGCCUUCGGCGGCAAGCGCACUCUUCUCACUUUCAUCCUCGCCAUCGUUUUCUCUACGUUUGGCACCUUUUUCUUCUCCUGGCUCGACGUCUACUUCCGAGGCGAACGAGCGCGACAACCUUUGAUCGCCAUCAGCGGCGACAAGACGGGCGUCGAAACUGAGAAUUAA